AUGAGUUACAAGAUGUUUGGAAGGUGCCGGACGGCAUGCUUCAGAUCACCCAACUUAUUUGCAGCCAAUAAGGGCAUGCCUCUCCAGGCAAGCGUUGCGGGUGGUGCUUCUAGAUAUAUCAUAGGUACUGCGAGUGUCUUGGUGGGAGCCAUGGCGGGCUUCUACAUCAUGAACUCGCGGUCUGCCAUUCAUGAAUACGUAUCCUGCCCAUUGGUGAGGCUCGUGACUCCGGACGCAGAAGACGGCCAUAAGCUCGGAAUCUGGUUCCUCAAGUAUGGAUUAGCGCCAAAAUUGAUGUUCGACAAGGACGACCCAGUCUUAAAGGUCGAGGUCUUUGGGAAGACGAUGAGCAACCCCAUUGGAUGUGCUGCUGGUCUGGAUAAGGACGGCGAGGCUAUCGAUGGCAUUGCUCAGAGUGGGUUUGGAUACGUGGAGAUUGGGACCGUGACUCCAUUGGCGCAGCCAGGUAACCCCAAGCCGCGCUUCUUCCGUCUGCCGAUGGACGAGGCUGUCAUCAACCGUUAUGGAUUCAAUUCUUCUGGUCAUAAGAAGGUAUACGAUAACGUUCUUUCCCGCGUGCGUCAAUUUCUUGGCGCUUACUUCAGGGACGAUACAGUGAACUCUCUGGCGCUUUACAAGGACAAACUUCUGGGAAUUAAUCUCGGAAAGAACAAGAAUGGUGACGAGGUUGAGGACUACCUGCGUGGUGUUGAGAAGUUCCAGUCCCUUGCCGAUGUACUAGUGAUCAAUGUUUCCUCUCCGAACACGCCCGGAUUACGCGACCUCCAGCAGGAGGGCAGAUUGACGGAGCUGUUAUCCAUGAUUGUGGCUAAGCGCAAUUCUUUGAUCAACGAGGGCAAUGUGCUCGGUGCAAGUACCCAUAAGCCACCUGUCCUGGUUAAAAUCGCACCGGAUUUGACCGAGCCAGAAUUGCAAUCGAUCGCAGAGGCGGCCAAGAAAUCGAGUAUUGACGGUAUCAUCGUUUCAAACACUACUAUCCAAAGGCCAGACUCGCUGUACACUGUCGAUGAGGAGCUGAAAAACCAGGCAGGCGGCUUGUCCGGCAAGCCCGUGAAACCAUUUGCGCUAAAAGCUUUGCGCACGAUACACCAAUACACAAAGGACACGAACCUGGUUUUGGUUGGAUGUGGUGGUAUCAGUAGUGGCCAGGAUGCCAUCGAGUUUGCCAAAGCGGGGGCGCACUUUGUGCAACUCUACACUGCGUACGCAUACAGAGGCCCUGGCUUAAUUGCGCGUAUCAAGGAUGAAGUCACAGAGGAGCUCAGGAACGAGGGCAAAACGUGGAUGGAGAUCAUUGGUCAAGAUGCCAAGUAA